UCAUAUGUAUCCUUCAGAAUAUGCUAGGAGUAUGAGAGUAUUUUAGAGGACUCCGAUUUCUACGAAGUUAUCUCGUGAGAAAGACAGUGGAAAAAAUCUCACCGCACAUACAUCAUCAUGCAUUUGUCGUCGGCCGUCAUUCAAAGAAGUCGGUAAAACGUGAUUCUUCCCACAUAGUGUAUAUUAUAGAAAUCUAAGUGCAAUUGAUAAUUAUUGCUGCCUUUUCUGUGGUGAUACAUAAAAUUUCUUCUAAAGAUGAAUUACAAUAUGUAUUUACCAAGAAGUCACCAUAAUACAUCAGAAUCAGAAGAUUCUAAACCUAAGUCAAAGGGAGAAGCUGCAUGCAGUUCAUCAGAUUACAGCACAUGCUCUGAUGAUCUUCAAAGCAAUAUGUAUACUAUGAAGAAAAUAUUACAAGCAUCCAGAGAUUCCGUUAUUCUAGCUGGACAUAUAGUAUUAAAUGAAACAGAUUCCAAUAGCGUGUUAGAAGAUACAAAUUUCUCUAUUAGUUCAUUAGACAAAGAUAGUAGUAAACCUAAUCUCAAUUUGGCUAUUCUUUGUUCAGAAAGUAGUGAUGAUGUUUAUAGUGAUUGUCGAGAUCUUAAUUACAGUAAUUCUAGUAAUGACAGUACAUUGUAUAUGCAUCUAGGACAAGUUUUUAAUUCAAAAGAAGGCCAUUCGAAUUUAUCAAAUAAUAUUUCAAGUACAAGUCAAGCUGAACACCAGAAGAUAAUUGAUGUUAAACCUGAAGACUGUUCUCCUGUGUUAGAAACAUUACAUGAAAAACUCUUAACAAUUAUUGAAGAAAAAGAAAUUACAAAUACUUCAGAUUAUUUUCUUAAAAGUUUAUCUCCGAAUGAUUCUAAUACAAACACUGGUAAAGUAGUGGCAGAAAUUAUUAACCAAGUAAAAAUUCAUGAAGAACAGAAUAACAAUUUUAACAGAAAAGUUGUAUUUACAAAUUUAGAUAACAUAGUAGAUGAGCAAACUAACAAAUCAGAGCCAAGAAAGAUGGGAAAAUCAAUAAAUAGUCAUUGUAGUUUGCCUACAUCUAAAAAAUCAAACAAUAUUUGUAAUCAUAACACUACUGAAUCAUUUGUUCGUUGGGAAAAAUUUUGUGAGACUUCAGAAAAGUUAAUGACUCGUAGUUUUUCUUUUACACAGUUAAAUUCAGUUACUGAAAGUUGCAACGGGGAUGAUGAAUACUCUACCAGCUGUAAAACUGUUGAUGAUAUGCAAUUAUCUAAAAUUCCAUUAAAGAAUUAUAACACAUCUUAUCAACAUAAGAGGAUGAAUAGAAGUAAAUCUUGUGAAAGUAUUUUGAAAGAAGUUAAGCAUUUACCUCAUCUUCUGUAUGAUAGAUUUUUGAAAUUCUUAUCUGAAGAAAUAGAAAAAAUCAGAAAAGAAAGUGUUGUCUGUACAUGCCAAAAAUUAUAUAAUAAAGAAAAUCAAAGAAAAAGAAGUCCAAAGAAGUCUCCAGUUAAAUUGACUAACAAAAUUAAUAAUAUUGGCAGCAAUGUAACAGAAUCUAGAUUACCUUUAAGAUCUCAAAAUUAUGAAGAAAUAGCAAAUAAAACUAGAUUAUCACCUAAAAUAACAAAUAGUAUAUUUCUAUCACCUCCAACAAGAAAUGGAAUCACAUUUUCAUCUAGAACAGCCAUCCCAAUAAAAUUAUCACCUGAAGUAGUUAAUCAGACACAAUUGUCACCUGGAACUCAUCAUCAAACAAAAUUAUCACCCAAAGCUGAUAAUCGAACAAGAUUCUCACCUGAAGUCACACCAAGAAAUUUAUCUCAAUUUCAGACAAGUCCAAGAUCACCUAUUAAAACUCCAACUACACCAUCAAAAAGUCGUUAUUUUUGGAAUAAGCAAAUUGUAUCACCAGUUGGAGAAUACAUCAGAGGAAAGAGACAAAGUCCUUUCCAAAGUUCUCCAAACAAAAAGCAAUAAGUUCAUUUUAAUUUUAUAUUGCAGCUAAUACUUUUAUAUUUUAUUUUUCGUUUUCAUUGAACUUGAUUUUAUAGCAAAAUUUUUUAUUGAAAUAUUGAUUUUUAAUUUUAUUUAAAAAUAUAACUUCUCAUAUAUAGUAAAUCAGUUCUCUGAUUUUAAAUUAAAAAGUUAAAGUUAAUUACACUGAUAUAUAU